UGCCGGCGUGUGAUGCGCACAUGCGUACGUGCGCGGCGGGUGUGGAGCAAAUAGCCUUCGGUCGGUCGCCUUCUUCUAAAGCGAAGGUUGUUAUUAAGGUGAAGUGUUGGUGGCCGAGAGGAGAGGUUUCUGUGCUUUUACGGCUGGGCUAAAAUCCGAAAAUGAUGCUCUUUACGUUCGGGUUUUUCUUUUUAUGCCUUUACAAAGCCAGUGCUUCAGAUAUUGUGGCCGCACCCCUGGAAGUGUACAAUGCCACUUCUGCCGUUCUAACCUGUAACUUCAGCAGCACCGAGUGGGUGGUCAAGAGUCACUACUGGACCAAAAAUGAUAAGAUUAUCGAGGCUACGAAGAAGGACUCUUCAGCAAGGCACAUGGAGUACAGGUUGGACAAAAUUGAUCCUGCUUCUGGAGGAGUGUAUGCCUGCGUCUUUACUUUUGUAGAUGGUCACACCGAACAUAAGACUAUCGAAGUCAAAACUGUUCCCCAUGUGGGAGCGUCCAAACAUUCUGAACAUGGCAAUGAGAAGGAUAAGGGUGUCUUGGUAUGUGUCAGCCAUGGGUAUCCAUUGCCUAACACUUGGGUUUGGUUGAUCAAGGAUGACAUGCACGAGAAAAUAAUUACCAAUAACACUGAAAAGUAUGAGAUAAAGAGCACACCCAACAAAACGACCCUGAAUAUCUUUGAUCUGGACAUCCAACUCGAUGCCGCCACAUACGUGUGUCGUGGGAUCAACGAACUCGGCGUGGAGGAGGACAGCAUUCAGCUGCGUGUGCGCAGUCGGCUGGCUGCCCUUUGGCCCUUCCUUGGCAUUGUGGCGGAGGUCAUUGUCCUCAUCGCCGUGAUUUUCAUUUACGAGAAGCGCAGGAAGCCCGACGAGAUCAGCGACGAUGACGACUCAGGUGCUGCUCCUCUGAAAGGCGAUACCACUGCCAAUCACACAGACAAGAACAUCCGGCAGAGGAACUCCAACUGAAUGGCGUCCUCAGGUGUGAGAGCUGUUCCGCUGCUGUGGAAUCUAGGAGACUACAAUCCAGAAGCAUCAUCAUGCGGAAUUGCAUUAAUUCUAGAUCGCCGUUGGUGUUGAAAUAUCACAGAUUUUUAGUGUAGAUGCACACGCCCAGGGUUGAGUGAGUGGUCUCCUAGAUGCGCUAGUGCUUUUUUGCCCUUGUAUUAAUGUUGCUGCUUUGACAGCCAAGCUACUGUACAUCUUGAAUUUAGGGUGUCGUUGUGGAGGGGAAACUACAGCAUGGUUACUGCUUUGCAUUUUCAUUUUCGGUGUGUUAAUAUCAAUACCUGAAUGUGUGUUAUGUAAAUCUAGGGUUUUCGUCCUCCUGUUUUUUUGUGUUUUGCCACAUUUUAAUUGCCAGACUAACAACUUGUGCUAAAGACCCACAUUUGAAAUGGAUUUUUCUAAAAGCACAUGGGUCCACAUGCUUGCCUGUGUUCAAUCUUAGCACGGAAGCUUUGGGUGGCUCCGAUUUUACAGCUUGCAUGUGUUUUCUUAAGACAAUUUAUUACAGUGCUUUAAUGACCUCUUUUUGUGCACAUUUUAUAAGUAAUUGUAAUAUGUUCUUCACCCCCCCCAGAAUCUCAUAUCUGCCAUUGUGGACUUUAAGUGCAUAAUGUAACAUGGCUGACUCCAUGUGAAAUUUAUUUGACCAGUUUGUUGGGGAGGGGGUUGAUCAUGAUGACCAAGUGGGAUAUAAUGUUGAGGUAUGUUAGCGAGAAAGCUUAAAGUCCGUUAUGCCAUCUAAUUUCUGAAGCAUUAAUUUGAAUUGUGACUGGUUGUCAAAUUUUAUUCUAAAGCAUGUUGACACCAAGGACAUUUUGUGGAACAUUAAAGAGACAAUUAAUA